AUGGAAAAAAAUUAUGGUGGAGAAGCAAGCGAUCCCCAUCCCAAUCGUUUAGGUUACAAUGUAGAACUUCAUUGGAAAAAGAAAUUCACAAAAUGCUAUAAAAAAGGAAAAAAUUGCAUGAAUAUUCCAGCUGACAUUGUUAGAAAGGGAUUCUGUGCUGAUCAUUCAAACUUAACAUUGAUGGACUUCGAUGAUUUGCAACCUCUUGAUUGUCAAGUUCUUAAGGGGAAAAACCCACACAGUGAGAUGUAUCUUGGAAAGGGUUGGUACGAGUAUGGAGCUUCAAGAAAUUUAAGUGUUGGCGAUGUCUUGCUUUUUCAUUAUUUUUCUUAUUCUGAGAUGCUUUACGUUAAGCAUGUAAAAAAGGAUAGAGUGAAGUAUGUAAUAAGUGAUGACUCCGAUUAA